UAGGCAGCUUUCUUAACGGUCUCCUAUACAGCUGUCACGAAAAUGACAUGCUGCUCAAUAACAAUUAAAAACUUAGAUUAGAAGAACGAUCAUCCAACUAGAUAUCAGAAUUGUGAGGAGGUUCAUGCUGAUUUUUUGUUUCAGAAAAUAGUUACAAACUUCUCUUGCUGUUGUGAACUGUUUAAAUACUUAUAAAUCUGUAGUUCUGCACAGGAGAAAAGAAAAUCAGGAGAGACUAGCAAUGUUUGCACCGGCAUUAAUAUUGUAUUGUUUUCUCCUCGUUUGUACUCGUCUCGCUUAUGUAGAAUCAACUUUUGUAAAUGAUUAUGUAAAAAGUUUUGUGUCGCUUUCCAGAGCACCAAACUCUACAGCAUUAGCUUCACCUGAUAUUUUUAAAUCCAAACUGGACCCAGAACAGACAGGUUGUCCGUGUUUAUCGAACCCAGAACAGAAACGUUGUUCUUGUGGUCCACAAUUAGACGAAUGGACAAUAUGCCCUUGUUUUCCAAGCCAAGCACCCCAGAAUAAAACGUGUACAUGUUGGAACACUUUAGAGAUGGGCGUGUUUCAAAACUUCACUCAGGAUCUCGCGAAAAUUUCCGGCGGAUCUGUUUCAUUUCUGCCGUCGGACGUCAGCCAUGAAGAUUUCCAGUAUCCCUUCACAAGAGACGACCCUUUCUCCCACAAAGAGGAUGGCUGUUUUUGUAUGGAAGACCCACGCGAUCACGUGCUGGCUUGUCACUGUCGGGGAGAUUCUGUCACUGACAUUCCUUCAAAUUUAACCCAAGGAAUCGUCAGGCUAUCGGUGACCUCUGCCUCGAUUGAAGCUUUACGUAACGGUACCUUACAGAAUUAUGGCUACUCCCUCGAAGAUUUGAAGAUUCAUUACAUUAAUGAGAUGAUGAAAGAACUGUUUCUUAAUGAUACUUUGUGA